AUGGCAGAAGCCCCCAAGUCCCGCGGAAUCCGCAUUGCCAUUGACCGUGGUGGCACUUUUACCGACUGCGUCGGCGAGCACAAUGGCGAGGAAAUCAUCAUCAAGCUCCUCUCCGAGGACCCCGCAAACUACAAGGAUGCCCCUCUAGAAGGCAUCCGCCGCAUCAUGAGCCACUUCACCGGCCGAGAUAUCCCUCGCGGAGAGCCACUGGACACGUCGCAGAUUGACUCUAUCCGCAUGGGCACCACCGUCGCCACCAAUGCGCUACUGGAGCGCAAGGGCGAGCGCAUCGCCCUGAUUGUCACAAAGGGCUUCAAGGACUGCCUAACAAUCGGUAACCAGUCGAGACCGAAAAUCUUUGACCUGGCCAUCCGGAAACCGGAUGUUCUCUACGAACAAGUCGUCGAAGUGGAUGAGCGUGUCACUCUGGAAGAUUACGCCGAGGAUCCCGAGAGAACCGUGACGGAAACCGACACGGUGGCAGGCACCGAGGGCGCUCAGAGCAAGGAACUCGUUCGUGGCCUGUCAGGCGAGACGGUCAGGGUUAUGCGACGACCUAAUCAUCAAGAACUCAAGACACAGCUCAAGCAAAUAUACGACCAGGGUAUCCGAAGCAUUGCUGUGUGCCUGAUGCACGGCUACACAUUCCCUGACCACGAAGCCGCCAUCGGCAAACUUGCCGAGGAAGUUGGCUUCACUCACAUUUCUCUCAGCCACGAGCUGAUGCCCAUGAUCAAGCUGGUUCCCCGCGCAACAUCAGUCUGCGCGGAUGCCUAUCUCACCCCGACCAUCAAAAAGUACAUUGAUGGGUUCCAAUCCGGCUUUGCGGGUGGUCUCGGCACUCGCAGUGUCCAGGAGACGGACGGUCCGAGGGGCGCUCGGUGCGAGUUCAUGCAGAGUGACGGUGGCCUGGUUGAUGUUGAAAAAUUCACGGGUCUCAAGGCCAUCUUGUCCGGCCCCGCCGGCGGUGUCGUCGGCUACGCCAUCACCUCAUAUGACGAAAACACAAAGACACCCGUCAUUGGCUUUGACAUGGGCGGUACGAGUACCGACGUGUCUCGGUACGGCGAAGGCAGAUAUGAGCACGUCUUUGAGACGACAACCGCAGGCGUCACCAUACAAUCGCCUCAGCUGGAUAUCAAUACAGUUGCCGCUGGUGGUGGCUCCCGGUUGUUCUUCCGCAACGGCUUGUUCGUUGUCGGCCCAGAAUCAGCGGGCGCUCACCCCGGCCCUGCCUGCUAUCGCAAGGGUGGUCCUGCGACUGUGACCGAUGCUAACUUGUAUCUCGGACGUCUUCUUCCCGAAUUCUUCCCUAAAAUCUUUGGCAAGAAUGAAGAUGAAGGGCUGGAUGUCGAAGCCAGUCGCAAGGUUCUACAGGAGCUUGCUGACCAAGUGAACCGCGAAACUGGCAAAAACAUGACUGCCGAUGAGGUUGCGUAUGGAUUCUUGACUGUUGCCAACGAGGCCAUGACCCGUCCCAUCAGAUCCAUCACGGAAGCCAAGGGUCACGAUUCUUCCAAGCACAGACUCGCCACGUUUGGCGGUGCUGGUGGCCAGCAUGCCGUUGCUAUCGCCGAGUCGCUGGGCAUUAGUCAAAUUCUCGUUCACAGAUAUUCCUCCGUUCUGUCCGCCUACGGUAUGGCUCUUGCAGAUGUCGUUGAUGAGAGACAAGAGCCAGAGUCCUCAGUUUGGGUCGAUGGUGGUGAUGUCGUCGCGGAUCUGCAGUCCAAAAUGGAGAAGCUCAAGGAAAAGUCUCGUACCACUCUCAAGGAACAAGGCUUCGAGGCCAGCGAGAUCAUUUUUGAGGAGUACCUCAAUAUGCGCUACCGCGGUACCGAGUCAGCUCUCAUGAUUGUGAAGCCCACCGAGGCGGAAGCAAAGGAGUCCUUUGAUGGAAAAGACUGGCAGUUUGGACAAGCUUUCGUCAAACAGCACCGCUACGAGUUUGGUUUCACUCUUGACGAGCGAGAUAUUAUCGUCGAUGAUGUUCGCGUUCGUGGCAUUGGCAAGAGCUUCCGCAACAAUGAGAAGACUGUCGACGAGCAACUGAAAAUUAUCAAGCGCCAAGAUGUCGCAGAGUCGAAGCGUCAUAACACACAGCAAGUCUACUUUGAAGGUGGACGUGCUGAGACACCCAUCUACAAACUGGAGAAUCUGUCCAUCGGUGAUGUCGUACCAGGUCCUGCGAUGCUUGCUGAUGGCACCCAAACUAUUGUGGUUACGCCUCGGGCAAAGGCUCUUAUCACCGCCACACAUGUCAUCCUCGACCUACAGAAGGAGGGCACCAAGGAUGAUACCCAGAAAUCAGCCGAGCGCGAGGUUGACCCCAUUAUGUUGAGUAUUUUCGGCCAUCGCUUCAUGGCUAUUGCCGAGCAAAUGGGACGCGCUCUGCAAAAGACUAGUGUCAGUACUAAUGUCAAGGAGCGACUGGACUUUUCUUGUGCCAUUUUUGAUGCUGAAGGUGGCCUAGUCGCCAACGCUCCUCAUCUGCCUGUGCACCUGGGAUCCAUGUCGACCUGUGUCCGCCGACAAGCUGAAAUCUGGAAGGGCCGGCUGGAAAAAGGCGACGUUAUCGCUUCCAACGACCCGUCUUAUGGAGGCACACAUUUGCCCGACAUCACUCUUAUCAUGCCUGCGUUUGACGAGAGUGGUACGCGCAUCUUGUUCUAUGCCGCAUCGCGUGCACAUCACGCUGAUAUCGGAGGCAUCACUGCCGGUAGCAUGCCACCCAACUCACGCGAGCUGUACCAGGAAGGUGCUGUUUUCAAGAGCGAAAAGAUUGUCAGCAAGGGCAAGUUUGACGAGAAGCGCAUCACCGAGAUUUUGUACGAUGGGCCGGCGCAGUACCCUGGAUGCAGUGGUACUCGCUGUCUCGCCGACAAUAUCAGCGACAUGCGCGCCCAGGUCUCUGCAAACAAAAAGGGUAUUUCUCUAAUUGAGACUCUUAUCGAAGAGUACGGUGAGGAGACGGUCCAAUUUUACAUGGUCAACAUUCAGAAGAAUGCCGAGAUGUGCGUACGCAACCUACUCAAGGAUGUGUACAAACGAUUCGAAGGUCGUGAUCUGUCGGCGCUCGACUUUAUGGAUGAUGGGUCCCCCAUCCAGCUCAAGGUCAUGAUUGACCCUGAGCAGGGCGAAGCUGAGUUUGACUUUACCGGGACUGGCCCCCAGGUGUACGGAAACGUCAACGCCCCUGAGGCCAUUACAUUCAGCGCCAUCAUCUACUGCCUACGAUGCCUUGUGUCGCAAGAGAUUCCUUUGAACCAGGGUUGCCUGCGCCCCAUCCACGUCAAGAUCCCACCCAAGUCGCUCCUGUCGCCAUCGCCCGGCGCCGCCGUCGUUGGCGGCAACGUGCUCACGAGCCAGCGCAUCACCGACGUCGUCCUCAAGGCUUUUGAGGCCUGCGCCGCCUCGCAGGGCUGCUGCAACAACCUGACCUUUGGCUUUGGCGGCAACGUCACGGGUCAGAGCGCGGUGCGCGGCUUCGGCUACUACGAGACGAUUGCGGGCGGCAGCGGCGCGGGCCCGGACUGGGUCGGCACCAGCGGCGUGCACGUGCACAUGACCAACACGCGCAUCACCGAUUCGGAGAUUUUCGAGCGCCGCUAUCCCGUGCUGCUGCGCGAGUUUUCCAUCCGCGCGGGGUCGGGCGGCCGGGGACAGCACAAGGGCGGCGACGGCGUGGUGCGCGACAUUGAGUUCCGCAUCCCGCUGCAGGUGUCCAUUCUCAGCGAACGCCGUGUAUACCGGCCGUACGGCCUCAAGGGCGGCGAGGACGGCCAGUGCGGGCUGAACCUGUGGGUGCGCCGCGUGGAAAAGGCCGACUGGCAGCGCUCGAUGCAGUCGGUGCAGGAGGGCGAGACGGAGAAGGAGCGGCAGGAGAAGGAGGCGCAGGGCGUCGAGUACGAGGAGCGGUACAUCAAUAUCGGCGCAAAGAACUCGGCGGCCAUGGCCGCGGGCGACCGCAUCAUCAUCAACACGCCGGGCGGCGGCGGCUGGGGUGCGGUGGGCGAGGAGAGCGUGGCGGGCAAGGCAAAGACGGACCACACGGAUUCGUGGAAGAAGGGAAGCGGUGCGGCACGUGAUGAUGCUGCGCUGCAGGCCUAA